GACACUACGCCGCCGGAAGUGACGCAGCACGCAGACGUCAACCUUUUGACGAGCAUUUCUCAUUUGAUUCAUCGGGAGUCACGUGUUGCAUGUUAACAACAACAACAUGCCUGAAAUAAAAUUGAAGCACGUUGUGUCCUGCAGUACAGAAGACACGACGCACAAGGCUGACAACCUGCUGAGUUCUGACACCUACAGAAAGUGGAAAGCAGCCAGACCAGGGGAAAAACAGACCUCCGUCAUCAUACAGUUUGAAAAAGAGGAGCAGGUGCACAGCAUUGACAUUGGAAAUGAAGGGUCGGCGUUCAUUGAAGUUUUGGUGGGGAACUCUUCAGCUUCAAGAGACCAGGACUAUGAGGUCCUCUUGGUGACCUCUUCUUUUAUGUCUCCGACUGAGAGCCGGAAUGGCACUAACUUGAACAGAGUGCGCUUCUUCGGGCCUGCUCAGCUGCAGAAGAGCACAGCGCAGGAGAAGUGGGACAGAGUUAAGAUUGUCUGUACCCAGCCGUAUUCCAAGAACAUAGCGUACGGUCUGGCCUUUGUCAAGUUCCACUCGCCUCCAGAUAAGAAUGACCCUCCAGCGACUACCCCUCCAAAACUGACGAAGCUGGGACAGUUCAGACUGAAAGAUGAGUCUCCCUCAGCUGGGCCCAGCCUGCAGCCGGGCAGCCUCUUCAGUGCCGCCAAGUCCAGCGGUGAACUUAAAGCGUCUCCUCAGAAAGAGAAGUUGAGUUAUGCAGCAGCUGCUCUGAAGACCAGUGGUAGUGCCCACUCAACGAGCCAGGCCUCUUCCUCCAGCUCUGCCUCUCCACAGGCUCCUGUGAAAAGAAAAUAUGAGUUCAGCCAAGAGCGUCAGUCAGCGCCAGGCCCUCCACCUGCGAAGAAAGCGAGUCCUAUGGGUUCACCUGAAAACAAAGCUGCUACACCCAAACACAAGGCCAGUCCCAUCAGCACUCCCUCUGCAAAAGCUUCACCAGCACCAAAAACAUCUGAAAAGAAGAGGGAGAGCCUAUCUAAACCAGACGCCAAGCCCAAACCGCAGAAAGCCAAAAGCCAGAGCAGCCAGCAGGUCCCAUUCAACCGUCUUUUGGAGGGGGUGGUGUUUGUACUGAGCGGCUUUCAGAAUCCUUUCAGAGGAGAGCUGAGGGAGAAGGCCCUGGAGAUGGGAGCCAAGUACAGACCAGACUGGACCUCAGACUCCACUCACCUCAUCUGCGCCUUCGCCAACACGCCCAAGUACAGCCAGGUGAAAGCAGCAGGGGGCAUCAUCGUGCGCAAAGAGUGGGUUAUGGACUGUCACAAGAGGAGGCAAAACAUCUCCUUUAAGAGGUAUUUGAUGGAUGGUGCAGAGUCGAGUUCAGAGAGUGAAAUGGAGGCGGAUGACCAGAGUGACGAGGAGGUUAACACAAAGAUGCCGCAAAAGAGACAGGUCACUCCUAAAAAGACACCACAGAAGAAAGAUGAUGAUGAUGAUGAUGAAUAUGGAGGCUCAACUGACAUAGAUGAAGCAGGAGGUGGUGAUGAUGACGAAUCGGCCGUGGACACCGAAGAUGAACUCCAGAGAGUGGAGAAGGAGAAUAAGCAGAAAAAGGCAGCAGGAGCAGUGAAGGCGGUGAAAGAGGAGGAGGACCCAUACGGAGCCUCCACAGAUGAGAACACAGACGCAGAGGCUGAACUGGACCAGCCCAUCCCCGUGUUACCAGAUUUCCUAUCGGGAAAGCACUUUUUCCUCUACGGUAAAUUCCCCAACAAUGAACGCCGGCUGCUUUUGCGGUACAUCGUUGCUUUCAAUGGUGCUAUUGAGGACUACAUGACGGAUAAGGUGCAGUUUGUAGUCACCAGUGAAGGUUGGCAAGACUCUUUUGAAGAUGCUUUGAUGGAGAACGGCAAUCUGAACUUCGUCAAACCAGCCUGGAUUUACGCCAUCAACGAGCGCCAAAAACUGCUGCCCUACCAGCCGUACACAGUGGUCCCCUAAACACAACUACACACACACACAGACUCUGAUGAAACCACAGCGAGUAAAGCCAUGCAGUUCUUCCAUUUGGCAAAGCAAUACCUUUUCAGAGCCAAGAAUGUCAUCCACUACAUUAGAUUAUCGGCGAUUUUUUUUUCUUUUCUAACAAAUUACGAAGCACAUUUUGGAUGAUUGGCAGUUCUCUCGUGCGUCUGCUGGCCUCUCGUCACCGCCGUUUCCUCAGGGCAGGUUUGAGAUUGAACCGUCUACCUAUUCUCAAGACUAAGACUGUUUAUUUAUGCAAACAGGGACUCCAUGACAACAGAAAACCAAAGUCAGAUGCUGCUUUUUAAGGAUGAUAUCGAUGCUUUGCAGUGACAUUACGCUGAGGUUGUUCUACGUGUAUCUCUAUUUGGUGGAAUGCUCAACAGUAACCAUGGUGACACAAUGCACCAGUUGACAAUAACUACCAAAAUUUUAAAUGUCUCAAAACUCAAAAAAAAAAAAGUACAAAAUGGAUUUAAAUGACAUAUUUUCAGGAGUCUGUGAUCAAUGAGUCUAAUUUGAACAGAGCCUCUAACACAGUAGUGCUUUGACAUCAGCUGCAAAGUAUCAAUAUCAGUUAUCAGCAUUAUCGGUGACAUUGGUCUGAUAUUAAAAACUGAGCUGAUAUUUGGCACCAGUAUUGUUUCUGCACUGCCCUUGUCUUUGUGCCCACUUUGUGUUAUUGCCAGUUUGUCCGCAUUACAUCAGAAUUGUCUUUUUGAGCAGACUAAAUUAGUUAAAAUAUGAAUUCAUACCUUGGAUAAAUGCAUUUUCUUAUUUUUACAAAAAACAUGAGUUCAUUUGUAAACGUAACUAUAACUUAACAUAAAUUUGGUCUGUCCUAUAGACUUCAAAAUCUUACCAGUAUUAUCACAACAGCAAGACAAAUAUCAGACAUCAGUAUCAGCUAAAAGAAUCCAUAUCGAACCAUACCUGUUGUUUUUAAAGCUACUCUGAUGAAUUCUAAAAUAUUUUACGAGAAUAAGAUCCUUCCACAAGGAAAGUAAUCAAAUAAAACGUGUGCAGCUAAGCUUUCUAAGGGGUGGAUUGUAGACAUCAACAUUUUUCUUUGGUGGGUAAACUUUGAUGAACUACUGUUGUCUUCCAUGGGUUUACAUACAUUUCAGUAUAUCAUAAGAAUUCACUGGCUUCUACUGUUUUGUCUCUUCUUCGGUUUAUUCACAUUUUAAGCUUAUUUGUAGCUAAUGCUAAUUGGUCCACUGAAGAUCUGUUGCAGUGUUUCUCAAACUGUGGGACAUGUACCACUUCUGCAGGUGUUCUCUGGUGGUUAUUAGGGCCUUGGGCAGUUUUAGUUAUUUUAAUGUUUUAAUCUAAAAGAAUUUUAUUUAUACCUCAGUUUGCUUUGAAGGUUAAACUUUUCUGGUGGAGGGCCAGUCACCUGCCUGUCUCCAAGGGGCUGUUAUUGCUUUGUCUGGAAUGUUCCAUGGUAUGACAUUAAACAUAUCUAUUUAGUAUUUAUUCAUUUCAGAUGUUUCUGUUGCUCAACAAUACAAUCAUUACCUUUAUGAAUAGGCUUGCCUUUCCACAGAUCUAGCCUAUACUUGUCUUCCUUGUCUACAGUGGAACAUUCUAGACAAAGCAAUAACAUCUCCAUGAAAACAAGCAGGUGACAGGCUCUCUCUCCACCAGAAAAGUUGUGGGAUGCACCUUUUAAAGCUGGGUCUUGUCCUGAUUUUGACCUGCUUUAUGACCAGUUUAAGCAUGAUUUAGUUAUGUUUAGGCCUUUUUGAGCCCUGUUUUAGAUCUGUCCUGUCCAGAUCUAGCUAUAUUGUUAAAAUUGUACGAGGUGGAACUUGUAGAAAGUUUGAGAAACGCUGAUAUUUUGCAUUGUGCUUAAAGGUGCAUUGUGCUUGUCUCCAUGGAGAUGUUAUUGCUUUGUCGGUUUAACAGUACAGUAUUAAACCUUUCUAUCAUGAAGACCAAACUAGACCAAGUUAGGGUCAGAGCUGAGAAAGGGCAACCCUGCAAGAAUGCCUCUUUUUUUUUUUAAUUAUUUUUAAAGUUAGAAAACCACCUAUAAUUUAAUAAAUGUAAGGUAGAGCUGUUUAAUGUCAUACUGUGGAACAUUCCAGGCAGAGCAAUGACAUAUCCACAGAAACAAGCAGGUGACAGACCCCCAGCCUAAAAGUUACAUAAUGCGCCUUCAACCAUAUGCAUACAUGCAAACAGAGCCAUGUAGUUUACACAUGUAUGAGUGGGAACAACGAUUUUUGAAUGUUUUAUUACAGAUAGAUGUGGUUUUGUAAUGUAAUUUUGUUUUGUUUUGUUUUUUGUGUUUGUAAAAUAAUUAGAAGAUGAAUGAAGUGGCCUUGAUUGAAAGGUAAGCCCAAAACAGUCACAAGUCCUGAGCCUGGCCAGUCUAGUCACCACUCAAAUCUGUUACCAGUGAAAUCCUGCCAGAAGCCAAUUUUUCUUGUUUUGUUAGGUCGUUGUGUUCCAGAUAUGUUAAAGGGCCUAUCUCACGCUAUUUUCUGUUGUAAUGUUGUUUCCUAAUCAAUGACAUACCCAGAGUUGUGUUUUGUUUCAUUUACAAAUGGUUAACAUACUAAUCCUGCAUAUUUAGGCUUUGAAAGAGUUCUUCUUUCAAACAGUAAAACACUCUGUUCAACCUUGUGAUGUCAUGUGGUAAUACAGGAAAUGCUCCACCGUGUUUUUAAACUUUAUACACCCUCACUAGAAUCAUUUGGUUAGCCCUGGAAUUGUUUGUCUCUACUAAAUAAAAGGUAAAAGGUGCAUGUUAACUUGAAAACUACCACUUCAUGACAUCACAAGGUGGAACAGCAAUUUGAGCUUUGGAGCUGUAGACAGAUUAAUAAUAAAGGGUUACUCAAGUGUGAAUGAAACAAAAACACAGCUCCAGGUAACACAAACAUUAUAACAUGUCUUAAAGCUCACAAGAGUUAAUUUCGUAUAAUAUAGGACCUUUAACAAAGCACCAGAAUGCCCUAACUCUGAUGAGAUUAUAUCCAGUUGUAUUAAUGAGGUGUUAACAUUUGUGUUUUGCUCUUUAUUUAUUCUGCUUUACAAUGAAACCCAGGCUGGCCAGGCUAGUGCCACUUGGGUGAUGCCUUCUUUGACUAUUGAAAUUUCACUUGAGCUGUUCAUUCAAGCAGGACAACUUUUGUUCAGGCCUCUUUAUAACUUUUUCUUAUAGUUGUUACAGUAUUAUUAUUUUGAGACAAUAAAAUAUUUUAACUAUUA